AUGGAUGAGGAACUUGAGUCGGAGGAUCCGGCAUUCGAACAGCUCUACAAACACAUCGACAACCUCGCGCCUAACGUUUAUGCAAUUCACAUCUCUCCCGACGGCAGCUUAAUUUCAACAUCCACAGACCCAAAGGAUGAUGAGACGCGGUGUGUUUACUAUCCACCACUCAGCACGAUUCAACGCCCAGAGCAUGUUAAGAUUCUCUUACGAUCAAAACUGGAAGAGCUCGGCAGGCUGGGUUCAAAUGUUGACCUUGUCGCUUGUCCUCAGUCCUCUGAUCCUUCUAAGAGGCUUAUUUUCAAAUACUACUUUCUCUUUCAGCAUUUGUCUUUUGCAUGGCAUGAGAUGAAUUUAUGGAUACGUCUGCCCAAACACCCAAAUAUCGUUCCUUUUGACAGCAUAGUCAUCGAUGAGCUCGAAGGACGAUUCGUCGGUUUUACGACCAUUUACAUCCCAGGUGGCACACUGGAAGAGAACAAAGCCCGCCCAUUCAAGUUAAAAUGGCUUCACCAGCUUAUCAAUGUCAUUGACGAGCUAAAUCUUAACCUGGGAAUUGCUCAUCAGGAUAUCGCGCCGCGGAACCUCCUUAUAGACGAAGCGACUGAUUCUCUGAUGCUUUUUGACUUUAAUUUUUCAGCGCGUAUUGGAAUGCCUGGUUACUCGGAGGCUCGGAAUGACAUUAAGGGAACUUUAUUCACAAUGUACGAGAUAAUCACUCGCAACGAUGAUCUGAGAGCUAUUAGACAUGAAGAUCAAGACGUCUCGGUCAUUGAGCGCGAAGAUUGGGCGAAACAUCCAGAUGUUCUACUAGACCACCCAGUCUCGGAAUUCCGCCGGGUACUCAAGGAAUGGUGCGAGAAGCGGCGAGCUGGGAAACAAAUCACCACCUACAAGGAUGCCACCAAUUUCCUGGACUGGCCACCCGUUCCCGAUCCACCACUUUCUGAAAUCGAAACACACUAUGUAAGAAAGACUGUAAAAGAAGCCAAAAUGUUGUAUGAUUGGAAAAGAACCGAAUUAAAGGAACAAGGCAAGACAAUCUUGAACUGGCAGCGCCCUCCUCAAAGGUCAAAUCUAGGAGAUCCGACUGGGAUUGAGUGA